GUGCACUGACAUUUUUUGCACCUAAUGACCGUGCUAUGGAAACCCUCCCGGAAAUCGAAUAUCAAACAACAUUCAAAUACCUCACGCUACUAAAACCUAUGACUCUGGUGGAGAUGUCCAAUGAAAGCACCAAUAUCUUGAAGACGUCAUUGACAGGGUCUAACGAGCCACUCCGAGGCAGAAAUGGAUCAACAAUGGACUUUGUGUUAGCCAUAGCUAAGCAUGGUCAGGACCAUGUGCUUUGGUCCUCCUCGCCUCAAUCGCCCGGGAGGGUAGUUCAUGGUGAUAUUAAGGCGAGCAAUGGCAUCCUCCAUAUCAUUGACAAAGCCAUAACUCCUCCUAUGCCCGCCGAAUGGGUGUUGCAGAACACACCAGAUCUUUCAGAAUUUUACAAGGUUUCACGUAACCUUAACCUGACCAGCGAGUCGUUCAAUGGAAAAACUUUAUUUGCUGUGUCCAACUCGGCUAUGUUACAGUUCCCUUCAGAAGCAUGGAGUUCGCCACAGCAGGCUUUAGCAAUACAGUCACACAUGAUAGCAGGAACAUACUAUAGUAACAACCUUACGACUAGUCAAAUUAACGACCCGAACACUAAAGCUUCGUUGAGUGUAACGAAACUUACAGACAAUGACAUUAACAUCAACGAGGCCAAGGUGCUUGUCAAAGACAUCCUAACUGCCAAUGGACCAAUGCAUAUCGUUGACAAACUCAUGUUCCGCCGCCAAGAAGAUAAGCCAUCUGAUGAAAGUUCAAAGCAACAUCUGGUCAACGUCGCAAGUACACAAACAUCAGCAGCAACAAGUCCUCACGAUUUGCAAUAUCAUGGACAUGUGAUCACACCAGUAAUGCUGUGCAUUGCAUUGAUUGUAGGGUUUAUAAUGUUGGCUUGAAAAAAUGGGCAGCGGGUCACCCCUCUUUUGCCUGCGUUCUCUGCUGAUUUGUACAAUUUCAUACAAAGGUCGUAAUCUGAUGGGGGUAGGGAGGAUUAUUUUCUAUAAUACAGUCAGUCUAUAUCUAUGAUGAGGAAUGGUGUUGAGAGAUAACCUAAUCUCGCUUCAUGUACCAGUCUAUGGCGGUUGAGAAAGCAGCAAAACCAGCACAUCCCAGUGCUGUAGCUUGCGGUCCUGAUCUGUGAGCUAACAAUCCUCCAGUGAUACAUCCAGCCGCUGCACUAUUGUACAAAUCGUUCUUGGCACGAUA